AUGGUGAAGAUCUGUUGCCUCGGAGCGGGUUACGUCGGCGGGCCAACCAUGGCCGUCAUCGCGCUGAAGUGCCCCUCGGUUGAGGUGGUGGUUGUCGAUAUCUCGGUAGCUCGUAUCGCGGCAUGGAACAGCGACCAGCUCCCCAUCUACGAACCAGGCCUUGACGACGUGGUGAAGAAAUGCAGGGGGCGCAACCUCUUCUUCAGCACAGAGAUCGAGAAGCACAUCGGCCAGGCCGACAUCGUCUUCGUGUCGGUCAACACGCCUACGAAGACCCGCGGCCUCGGCGCCGGCAUGGCCGCCGACCUCACCUACUGGGAGAGCGCAGCUCGCAUGAUAGCUGACGUCGCCAAGUCCGACAAGAUCGUAGUCGAGAAGUCCACCGUCCCCGUCAAGACCGCCGAGGCGAUAGAGAAGAUCUUGAUCCACAACAGCAAAGGGAUCAACUUCCAGAUCCUGUCCAACCCGGAGUUCCUCGCGGAGGGAACGGCUAUCCAGGACCUGUUCAACCCCGACCGGGUUCUCAUCGGCGGUCGCGAGACGCCGGAGGGGAAGAAGGCGGUGCAAGCGCUGAAGCAGGUGUACGCCAACUGGGUCCCGGAGGACAGGAUCAUCACGACCAAUCUGUGGUCCGCCGAGCUCUCCAAGCUGGCCGCCAACGCGUUCCUGGCGCAGCGGAUCUCGUCGGUGAACGCGAUAUCAGCGCUCUGCGAAGCCACCGGGGCGGACGUGGCCGAGGUGGCAUACUCCGUGGGGAAGGACACCAGGAUCGGACCUAAGUUCUUGAGCGCCAGCGUCGGCUUCGGUGGCUCCUGCUUCCAGAAGGACAUUCUCAGCCUGGUGUACAUCUGCGAGUGCAAUGGCCUCCCCGAGGUGGCCAGCUACUGGAAGGACGUGAUCAAAGUGAACGACUACCAGAAGAGCCGCUUCGUGAACCGGGUCGUCUCCUCCAUGUUCAACACCGUGUCGGAGAAGAAGAUUGCGGUGCUGGGAUUCGCGUUCAAGAAGGACACUGGCGACACGAGGGAGACGCCGGCCAUCGACGUCUGCAAGGGGCUGCUGGGCGACAAGGCCAAGAUCAGCAUCUACGACCCGCAGGUGAGCGAGGAGCAGAUCCAGCGCGACCUGGCGCUGAAGAAGUUCGACUGGGACCACCCGGUGCACCUGCAGCCUACGAGCCCGACGGCGGUGAAGCAGGUGACCGUCACCUGGGACGCGUACGAGGCUACCAAGGGGGCGCACGGCGUCUGCAUCUUGACCGAGUGGGACGAGUUCAGGAAGCUGGACUACGUGAAGAUCUACGAGAACAUGCAGAAGCCGGCGUUCAUCUUCGACGGGCGCAACGUGAUCGACCCGCAGAAACUAAGGAAGAUUGGCUUCAUCGUCUUCUCUAUCGGCAAGCCACUGGAUCCAUGGCUUAAAGACAUGCCUGCUGUGGUCUAAGUGUGACGAGCUUGUGAGAGAGAGAGAGAGAGAGAGAGAAAUUCCUAGGAGAGAGUGAGAUACCUUGUUGAUUUAUUUUGUAGUCUUUUUCUUCAGAUUAUAAUUAGGCAGGGGUAGGUCAAUGUGGUUUCACUGCCUCCUCCAGUCCUGCA